AUGGGUUGUGGAAAGAGAAGACAUCGAAGGCAAAGAAGUGAGAACGACGUGGAGAGAAGUGAGAACGACGUGGAGAGAGGCGGGAGCCGACGUAGAUCUCGAAGCGCCUCGCCUAGAAGCAAACACUACAAAUCCAAUGAUGACGGUAAAUCGUCCGGGACUGGUUGCUGUGCAUGCUGUUUUAUGCAUUCUCGAAAGACGCACCCGGAAACACGCCAGAAAGAGACAUCGCCUGAUGGCAUUACGAGGCGGGAUGAAGAACGGCGUGAGACACACACGGCGUCUGAGAGUCAUGGGAACAGAACGGACGACGAGGACUGCUGUAGAGGUUGUUGUUGGACAACUCGGGGAAAGAGGAGUAGAGGAAAACAAGAUGUUAUCAUUUACAAACAAUACGAACAUGGUAACCAUGCGUAUCAAUAUGAGCAGUAUCCCGUUCGUGAUUACGCUGGUGUGAGCAACAAAGACUUCCUAGUUCGAAAAGGGUUCGACUCACAAGAAAACAAGCGUGACGAAUCGCCUCGGAGAAAGUCGUCGCGAGAUUCAUCUUCGGUUGGUACUGAUGAUGAGGACGAACAAAAUAAGAAGACGGGAUGUUGCGCUGGACUUUGUAUGUCAACCAAAGGAACACGACGACGCCGGAGAGACGACGUGAUUCACAACCAACGCUAUGAACAUGGCGCCUUUGCGUUUCAUAACAAAAAUUAUGAAGUAAAGGAUUAUGCCGGCGUUAGUAAACGUGACGAGCCAUCGCGCAAAGGUAAAACAGAUCGAGUUCGUUCCGAGUCACCGAAACAAAGUAGAAGUAAAGAAGCGGAAGACGUUAAUAGUAAAGAUGAUGAUGACGACGAAGCGAAUCCUGGUUGUUGUGCGUGUUGCUGUGGAACCACAAAAGGAAGGCGGAAACCUGUAAAUAAAGUAGAGCAAACUCAGCAUGUGUAUACUCAGCAACCUGAAUUAUACGACAAUUCUUUUGGCAUUUAUAAAGGAAAUCAGCCCUCUAAAUCUGAAUUAAAGGAUACAAAACGCAAGGCACUAGCCUCAAAACCAGAAAUCAGUAAAGAUAAAACAAAAGAAUAUCCCAAGGAAAAAGAUUCAAAGCAAAAAGCUACGGCUAAGAAGGUCGAAACGCUGCAGACAAGAUACGCUACACCCGUUGAUGCAAAUGAGAAAGAAUACCAAGAAGAAUUGGACAGAAUGGAAAAAGAAAACGUGGAAAGAGCUGAACGCGAAAACGAACUACGCAGAAAAGAAAAAGAGGAGCGCGAUAGAAAACGUUUGGAAGAUGAGCAGAAACGAAUAAAAGAAGAAGAAAACGAACAACUAAAGAAGGAAGAAGACGAACAAAGACGAAGGGCAAAAGAGAGGGAAAUUCAGCACCAACAGCAAUUGGAACUUGCUAGAUUACAGAAUGAACGUGACCAAACCAAUAAAGAACAUGAAUUUCACGAGAGAGAAAAGCAACGGAUGGCACAAGUAGAAAAGGCGAGAGAAAGAGAAGAAGAGAAGCGAAAAGAGAAAGAAAAUCAGGAGCGCGAGAAAGAAUUACAAAGAAAGAAAAACAUCGAAAAGGAGAGACAGGAGCACGAAGAGCGAUUACGACGUCUAGAGGAGAAAGAAAAGGAACGUGAACAAUAUCGACAGCGACAACUGCAACUUGCCCAAGAACGUGCUGAUGAGAGAAAACGUGAGAGGGAGGAUCGAGAGAGACAACGCCAGCAGCGGCUUGCGGAUCUACACGAAAACAAAGACGAUAAACCAGACAAAGUGGAACUGGAUGAUGAUGGCUAUUUCGAUGUAGGGUCGCCGCAAAGAAGUCCGAAUACAAACGAUCGACGGAAAGAAAAACCGAAACGCAAAGUCCCUCCGCCUAGGUAUCUUCACAAUUCUAACGACAAGUACCUGAAAGGCGUCAACGAAGAUAAGAUCGGCCAUCGGGGUGUUCACAAUCCAACACUCUACGUUCCACCGAAAAAGGUGAAACCCGUCAACUUCUGGCGGCCAUUUAAGAACGCUGUGCGCUUUGUAAAUCAAAGUACAUUAUAGCAAAACUUAAGCGGAAAGAGCAACAACGUGACUGAAUAGAAUGCUAACUAGUGUGCGUAACGCAUUUGUUUUAGAAGACAUAAUAGUAACUUACCGUACUUUGAAGUAUAAUAUUAUGUGUACAAUAUGAUAUGGUGUGUUUUGUAUGUACCAAGUUUGGCAAAGUGUAGCAAUAAGCAAUUAUACACAUUCAUUUUUCCAAUAAUUUUUACAUAACUUCUAUUUAACUGAGCAAAGGCACAAAAGUAAAAUAUCACUUGCCGAAGUUGUUCCGUACAUUCUUAGAGGUGGUCUGUGAACUACCUCAAGCUUUUUAAAUAGCACCUUAAUAAUUGCUCAAAGAAAAUUGUUUUCCGAUUUUAACAAUUGGCUCUACACGCAACUAUUUGUUUCCUUUGAUUUGAUUCAUUUGUGAGAAUCAUAGCCAUUGUAGACGUUGGUAGUGUAACGUACCAAUUUUCGAAUUGUUACAGACGUACACCCAGUUAGCCACAUGAACAAUUCAUUUAUAUUUGCAUAUUGUAGCACCAUUAAUUAAAUACAUACCGCGCUAAUUAAGUAUUUACGUACAAAUAUACACAUAGUAUAUAGCUGUUUGAACUCUGUAUUUGGUUAAUCAAAUAAAUAAACAUUUUCUUCCUGUAGAAUGAAUUUUGAACUGAUUGAAGUCUUUAUGAAUUCGAUUUGGCUCGAAUAACAUUUAAAAGAAUAUCUUCA